AUGACUCCAGAUAGUGUGCAGAACGGUCCGAGGCCAGUGUACGAAAGAAUACACUCGCAGCCCGAGAACCCGUUCGCGGAGCUCAUCCCGCACCAGCAGAUCGCCGUAAUCCCGUCUUUCACUCUUGAAUCAGGCGUCACGCUUUCCAAUGUGCCCGUAGCAUACACCACGAGAGGCACCCUCUCCCCCGAUGCCGACAAUGUCAUGGUCAUCUGCCACGCCCUCACUGGCAGCGCCGAUGUAGGCGACUGGUGGGGUCCUCUGCUCGGCGGGCCUGGCCGAGCCUUCGAUACGUCGCGCUUCUUCGUCGUGUGUAUGAAUAGCCUGGGAAGUCCUUACGGCACCGCCAGUCCGGUUACCGCUAAAGACGGCGAUCCGUCCAAGGGCCGGUACGGGCCCGAAUUCCCUCUCACGACCAUCCGAGACGAUGUCCAGUUGCACAAGCUGCUCCUGGACGAACUUGGCGUCAAACAAGUUGCCGCGGUCAUCGGCGGGUCACUAGGCGGCAUGUUCGUUCUCGAAUGGGCGUACUUCGGCAAGGACUAUGUGCGGUGCAUCGUGCCCAUCGCCACCUCGAGCAGGCACAGCGCUUGGGGAAUUAGCUGGGGCGAGGCCCAACGACAGUCCAUCUAUGCCGACCCCAAGUACGAAGACGGCUAUUACUCCUUCUCCGACCCCCCUUCGACCGGGCUAGGCGCAGCACGCAUGGCUGCACUUCUGACGUACCGAAGCCGGAACUCCUUCGAGGCUCGCUUCGGCCGAAACAUCCCCGACCCCUCACGACGACAGACGAUCCGCGAGCGGCCAACGCCUUCCACGCCCUCCGAAGCCCACUUCCAUACUCAUAACGACGGACACAAGUGGACGCGAAGCCCAUCCCGCAAAAACAGCGACGGGGAGCAGGCCCCAAAGUAUGACCAAGGCGGAGACGCAUCCCUCGAUCCGCAGUUUCACGGGCCAAAGAACGGCAGCCUCACGGGCGGUGAAGUAAUGCCAACGAGUUCGACGUAUUUCUCUGCUCAGUCGUACCUACGCUAUCAGGGCGGCAAGUUUGUCAAGCGCUUCGACAGUAACUGCUACAUUGCCAUGACCCGCAAGCUCGACACUCACGACGUGAGCCGGGGCCGUGCUGGGACAAUAGCCGAGGCUCUGGCCAUGAUUGAGCAGCCAACCCUGGUUCUGGGUAUUGAGAGCGACGGCCUGUUUACGUUUGCCGAGCAGGAAGAACUGGCACAGCACAUCAAGAACGCUCGGUUAGAGAGGAUUGACAGCCCUGAAGGUCAUGACGCCUUCCUCCUGCAGUUUGAGCAAGUCAACCAUUACACGCUCGACUUUUUGAGGGAAGCACUCCCGGAUAUCAUGAACAAAAACACCAACGGCGUGGCGGUGGAGAGCUCAGUCGGUGAGCUGACCAAGAGCAGCACGUUCGGCGAGGCUGAGGUAGAGGACAUUACGGCGUGGUAG